AGUCCCCGGGAGGAGGCGAGCGGAAGACCCCUGGGGGAGGGGCGGGGCGAGGGGCUCCCGGCUCCGCUUUCUCCCCUCCCCUCCCCGCGAAGGGCCAGCCGGCAUGGAGGUGCUCGGCCCUGGACAGGGCGGCAACAAUACCACCGCGCCCCAGGGUCCUUUAGGGGCACGCGGCAAUGAGACUGGCCUCUCCGACGACGUGACCUUCAGCUACCAGGUGGUCACCUCUCUGCUGCUGGGCACGCUCAUCUUCUGCGCGGUGCUGGGCAAUGCGUGCGUGGUGGCCGCCAUCGCCCUGGAGCGCUCCCUGCAGAACGUCGCCAACUAUCUCAUCGGCUCUCUGGCGGUCACCGACCUCAUGGUUUCGGUGCUAGUGCUGCCCAUGGCCGCGUUGUACCAGGUGCUCAACAAGUGGACGCUAGGCCAGGUCACCUGCGACCUGUUCAUUUCCCUCGACGUGCUGUGCUGCACCUCGUCCAUCCUGCACCUGUGCGCAAUCGCCCUGGACAGGUACUGGGCCAUCACCGACCCUAUAGACUACGUGAACAAGAGGACACCCCGGCGUGCUGCGGCGCUCAUCUCGCUGACCUGGCUCAUCGGCUUUCUCAUCUCCAUCCCACCCAUGCUGGGCUGGCGCACUCCCGAAGACCGCUCGAACCCCGACGCCUGUACCAUUAGCAAGGACCACGGCUACACGAUCUACUCCACUUUCGGCGCUUUCUACAUCCCCCUGCUGCUCAUGCUGGUGCUUUACGGGCGCAUCUUCCGAGCGGCGCGUUUUCGCAUUCGAAAGACGGUCAAGAAGGUGAAGAAGGGGGCAGAUGCCCGUCCGGGGACGUCUUCCGCCCCGCAGCCCGGGAGGAGUGUGAAUGGAGAGCCGGGGAGCCGAGAAUGGAGGCCGGCGGUGGAGAACAAGGGAGGAGGCGCCCCGUGCGCGAACGGCGCCGUGCGGCUGGAAGAGGAAGGCGCCGUCCUGGAGGUGAUCGAGGUGCACCGGCUGGGUCAUUCCAGAGAGCACCUGCCUCUGCCCAGCGAGGCUGGAGCUGGCCCCUGCGCUCUGGUGUCUUUCGAGCAGAAAAACGAGCGCAACGCCGAGGCCAAGCGCAAGAUGGCCCUGGCGCGCGAGAGGAAGACGGUGAAGACGCUGGGCAUCAUCAUGGGCACCUUCAUCCUCUGCUGGCUGCCCUUCUUCAUAGUGGCCCUGGUCCUGCCCUUCUGCGAGAGCAGCUGCAGCAUGCCCACCUUGCUGGGCGCUAUCAUCAACUGGCUGGGCUACUCCAACUCGCUGCUGAACCCUGUCAUUUACGCCUACUUCAAUAAGGACUUUCAAAACGCGUUCAAGAAGAUCCUCAAGUGCAAGUUUUGUCGCCGAUGAUGUUGGGGGCGAGCUAGCCUUCCCAGCUCUUGGGAGUCAGUCCUGACUUCUUUGCCUCAAACUUUCUCGCCCGCUUCG